AUGUCUGCCGCUGUUGAAAGAGUUUCAAUGCCCUCUGAGCUUGUUGAUCCUUCGGUCGUAGAGUCUUCAUUUGGUAAAGGCGUGAACGUUGAGGAAAUCGAAUUCUCUGUUGGCGUUGGAGUGACUGAAGAAGAUGAAGGAACGAAAUACGAACCGGUCGGAGUAGGUGACUCGGUAAUAUCAGAGUCCGUUGAAGCUUCGGUGAGAGCAGCAGUGCCCGAGUCUUCACUCGUUGAACUGUCUUCCACCACAUGUGGCUCAGGAGUAGGAGUAAUGGAAGAAGCACUUUCGCUAGAAGUUGUAAUCUUACCAAGUCCUGAUGCUGUCCAUGUUGGUGUUGUCGACGAGCUGCUUGCAUCAGCUGUUGUCUCCUUGAAUUUCGUAGCGCCACCAUACCUUGAAGCAGUUUGGGUUGGUGUAGACGAUUCGGACGAAGAUGUAGGAGACACGCUGUCCUGCUCCGGCGAAGACGUAGUUGUAUCUGAACUGUCGGUCGCCUCCGAAUUUUCAGAGCUGGUAGUCGACGAUUCUUCUGAUGAGGAAGUAGUAUUCUCCCCUGUAGAAGUAGAGGAGCUGUCUGGAGAAGUUGAAUCCUCUCCCGUGGUUGUAGAUGUUGGAGCUAUCUUUUCCGCAGCUACGCUAGCAGAUGUGGACGACGUUGAAUCUAAUGCAGUGGUUUUGCCCGUGUUGACGAAAGCACCCGAUGCAUAUCCGGUUGUUGAGCUCGACGAAGUCGUAGAACUACUUGAAGAUGUUGCAUCUGCUGGGGUCGUACUCGAGCUUGAAUCUGUCGUGGAGUCUGUUGUGCUCGAGCUUGAACUUGUCUCCGUCGAAGAGUCUGUGUUACUGGAACUGGAAUCUGCUUCAGAGGAAGAAGCUGUGAUGCUCGAGCUAGUCUCUGUUGAUGAUUCUGUCGUGCUCGAUGAAGCGUCGGUGCUGCUUAUGCUCGACGAGCUGGAGUCUGAUGAAGCUUCUUCUAUUGCGGCAACAUAA